GAUGUGUAUAAUCUCCAUCUCUUAGGAUGAAACUGAACAAGAUGUAACGAGGCGUCAUACACAUUUUUGAUGUGUAUUUACAUGCCUAUGUCAACGUUUUGAUUGCCAGAUGUUUGGAUUCUCAUCAUCGAAUUAUAUUAAUGAGUUUCAUCCUGCUACUGACCAGUUUUGUUUUUUUACGCUUAUUGAUCAGAUGUAAACCCUAGUUCUAGACUACAUUUAAACUUGUAAAAUGGAACUUUACAAGAUCUUCAUCAGUACACUGUUAUUCUGGCAAACUCAGGGUAUAAAUAGUCAAACCAGCCCUGGAGUCAAUGAGGAUGCUACCUGUAAUUUUACAUUAGACAAAAUACCUGAUAUUACAGCAAGUAGUACUUCCUUCAUUGUGGAUGAUAACAAUGAAAUAGAUAUGCGUGCUUACACCGGCAUGGAGGAUGGCAACAACUUCAACGUCAUGUUUGGUAUCGGUUUAUGGGUGGACGACAACGGGACACAUUAUGGGGAGAAUGAGUUGGUAAAUCUAGACAACAAUCAUGACGAUUCUAUAUUCACUUCUGGUACAACUUACAAUGAAUGCAUAGCAACAAUGAUCGCAUUUAUUAGAUGUCGGCUCAAAUUUCCCCCUGUUGUUGCUGUACGCAGAAUCGGUGUAAAAUACAUGUGGACAGAAUUUAAAGGUUGCAUUGCUUCAGCAUCAAUGGUGUUUCUAGCAAAAAAUGCCACCGUUGUACCAGAACACCGAACUAUUACAACCAGUAUCGGUGAAACUGUUCAUCUGGUAAUGACUCAUAAUGGGGUUAAUGCCAGUAAAUUACGAUGGAAAAAAGAUGGAGGAUCCGAUAUCAUGGAAUGGGAAGGUUUAAGCAACGUGAACCUUGAAAACGUCCGGAAAAAAGACGCUGGUAUCUAUGAAUGCUACCCGGAAGGACAACGACACUUUGGUCAGCACGCUAUUCUACGAUUAUUUGUUAGAGCGUGUGGCAAUAAUAAAUUGGGACGCGAUUGCACUAUAAUCUGCAGCUCAACGAAUCCAGGAUGUCCAGGAGUACUGUUUUGUCCACCUGACCCUUUCGGUUGUUCCUGCAUGUCCGGUUAUGGUGACCUUUAUUGCGAAAGCGUAUGUGACACUGGAACAACAGGCAAGUAUGGACCCGGAUGCCUUCUUGAUUGUCACUGUGACGCUAAUGAAUGUCAGCCUUCAGAGGGUUGCAACACAAAUGUCACUUGUCAUUCUGGUUACACCGGCACCCGUUGUCUAGAAAGGGAUCCAAACGUUGAAUGCCCUGUUGGAUAUUAUGGCCCACAAUGCACCAAAAUAUGUCAUUGUCAGAUCUCGUUGAAUUGUGAUCGAAAUAAUGGAAGUUGCCCUAAUGGUAAUGUUUGUGAAGAAGGAUGGGCUGGGGCAGGCUGCCAGCAAGUUCUCCCGGCACUGAGUGAUGCUCCCCUGGUCGUAGCAUUUGCAAAUAAUGUCAACAUCCGUUGGUCAACUUGGAGUCUGGACAAUGAUUAUGGCCGUGGUACUGUCCAUAGUUACCAACUUGAAUAUUGGCCAACUAAUGAUGCCAGCGAUUUAGUUGUUCUAAAUAUUACAAUGGGAACAGAAAUGAACAUAUUGUGGUCACAGAUGAACUAUAACACAGAAUAUAGUUUCACAGUAAAAGUUGUUACUGAAGUUGAAGGUGUAUUAGUUUCUGGAAAAGCCAGUCCAUUGGCUGAGAUAUUGUCAAGACUUACUACAACAACAUCAUACGAAGAAAGACAGACAACAGAAUCAACAACGGCCAAAGUGACGACAGUACCACUGACGUCAGGAGCAAAAGGACAGACCACUGUGUCAAGACUUACUACAACAACAUCAUACGAAGAAAGACAGACAACAGAAUCAACAACGGCCAAAGUGACGACAGUACCACUGACGUCAGGAGCAAAAGGACAGACCACUGAAUCAACAACGGCCAAAGUGAUGACAGUACCACUGACGUCAGGAGCAAAAGGACAGACCACUGUGUCAAGACUUACUACAACAACGUCAUACGAAGAAAGACAGACAACAGAAUCAACAACGGCCAAAGUGACGACAGUACCACUAACGUCAGGAGCAAAAGGACAGACCACUGAAUCAACAACGGCCAAAGUGACGACAGUACCACUGACGUCAGGAGCAAAAGGACAGACCACUGAAUCAACAACGGCCAAAAUAACGACAGUACCACUGACGUCAGGAGCAAAAGGACAGACCACUGAAUCAACAACGGCCAAAGUGACGACAGUACCACUGAUGUCAGGAGCAAAAGGACAGACCAUUGAAUCAACAACGGCCAAAGUGACGACAGUACCACUGACGUUAGGAGCUAAAGGACAGACCACUGUGUCAAGACUUACUACAACAACAUCAUACGAAGAAAGACAGACAACAGAAUCAACAACAGCCAAAGUGACGACAGUACCACUGACGUCUGGAGCAAAAGCACAGACCACUGAAUUAACAACGGCCAAAGUGACGACAGUACCACUGACGUCAGGAGCAAAAGGACAGACCACUGAAUCAACAAUGGCCAAAGUGACGACAGUACCACUGACGUCAGGAGCAAAAGGACAGACCACUGAAUCAACAACGGCCAAAGUGACGACAGUACCACUGACGUCAGGAGCUAAAGGACAGACCACUGUGUCAAGACUUACUACAACAACAUCAUACGAAGAAAGACAGACAACAGAAUCAACAACGGCCAAAAUAACGACAGUACCACUGACGUCAGGAGCAAAAGGACAGACCACUGAAUCAACAACGGCCAAAAUAACAACAGUACCACUGACGUCUGGAGCAAAAGCACAGACCACUGAAUCAACAACGGCCAAAGUGACGACAGUACCACUGACGUCAGGAGCAAAAGGACAGACCACUGUGUCAAGACUUACUACAACAACAUCAUACGAAGAGAGACAGACAACAGAAUCAACAACGGCCAAAGUGACGACAGUACCACUGACGUCAGGAGCAAAAGGACAGACCACUGAAUCAACAACGGCCAAAGUGACGACAGUACCAAUGACGUCAGGAGCGAAAGGACAGACCACUGAAUCAACAACAGCCAAAAUAACGACAGUACCACUGACGUCUGGAGCAAAAGGACAGACCACUGGUAUGUAG